CACACCGCUGUAGUGAUACGUCUUACUUAUAGACGAUCUUUGUUGAGGGUAAAAUGGCUGAAGAGGCUUUGGCUGCUCUGGGCGUUGAAGGAGCGGCGGCGGCUGCUAACGCUCUCUCUCUUCCUGCUGAAGCGUACGGAAAUGAUCCGCGGCUGGAGGCGAUGUGGGCGAUGAAGGCGUACAACCACGCUGAGGUUUACUUCAACCUCAUCUCCUCCGUCGACCCGAAGUUCCUGAAACUGACAAAACUCGACGACAAAAUCUACUCGACCUUCAGAGAGUCUUUCGAAGAUCUGGACGUGAAGGUUCUGACGCACGACCAACUGAAGUCCGACACAGCCAAAGAGAGGUGGCGUCCGUUCUGCAACCAGUUCGAAGGCCUGGUGGAGGACUUCAACUUCGGCACUCUGCUGCGUCUGGACUGUGAGAAAGACUACGUGGAGGACAACACCGUCUUCGCCACCAGAAUCCAGUUCUUCGCCAUCGAGAUCGCCAGAAACAGAGAAGGACUCAACAACACGGUGUACAUGUCCAACCGAUCCAAGAGCUCGUCUCCACAGAAACCAGCCAGGACCACUAAGAACUGCUGAGGAACCAUCUGAGAACCAGUGAGGAACCAUCCAGCAUCACAAGAGUCUCCUGAGGGUUUAACUCUGUAGAAAACGUUUUGGAGCUUCCAUCGGUGUUUGUGUCGGUUCUUCCCUGAAGCUCAGAACCUUGUUUGGACUCUUCAUGCCGCCUUUGCUUCUUUUUUAUUUACUGUAAAGUUUUAUGGUGCCAAUCGUCAGCGCUCGUUUGUUUUCUGACGUUGCAUUUGUUCGUCUGUAAUGAGGAAACUAAUAAAAGACAAAAGUUUAAGACUGAA